AUGCAACCGUUGCUUUCGCAGAUCAUAUUUUACGAGGACAGAAACUUCCAGGGUCGCUCUCACGAGUGCAGCAGCGACUGCGCCGACCUUCACUCCCUGUUCAACAGAUGCAACUCCAUCAGGGUGGAGAGCGGCUGCUUCAUGGUCUACGAGCGCCCCAACUACAUGGGCAACCAGUACUACCUGAAGAGAGGGGAGUACUCUGAUAACCAGCGCACCAUUGGCAUCAACGACUGCGUCAGGUCUUGCCGUAUGAUCCCCCAGCACCGAGGUUCCUACAGGGUGAGGCUCUACGAACGCUCCGACAUGUCCGGCCAGAUGCACGAGCUGGUGGACGACUGCCCCAACGUCCAGGACCACCUCAGCAUGUCCGACUUCAACUCCUGCAACGUGAUGGACGGCCACUGGCUGCUGUACGAUCAGCCCAACUACAAGGGCAGGGCGCACUACCUGCGGCCCGGAGAGUACCGGAGAUACAGCGACUGGGGGGGCGUCAGCCCACGGGUCGGUUCCCUCAGGAGAAUCACUGACUUCAACUGA